GUCGACGAUAAGAUACUGCCUCAGUAAUUAAUUUAAUGUUUGCUAUAACGAGAUUAAGAUAUUUUGUGCUAAUUUACAGCAAUAACAUUAAAGGAAAUUCAAUAUGCUAGCAGAAAAGCUAAAAUAAGAUAAAAUAGCUAAAUGCUAAGCGUUAACUUCGUAGUCAAAUAACAUUAACCUAAUUUUAACGAGAUGUGUAAAAGUGAAGUUUAAGUUUCAUAUUUUCUCACAAUUUAAAACUAUUCCCUCGCAUUAUCUGGCAUUCUUUUAACAAAGUAUCCCAAUGAUCAGGAGUAAUGAAAUCACUUAAUAUUCAGUUGUUUGAUAAAGAAAUAAACCAACAUUAAUAUUAAAUGUAAUUUUAAUCUACGUUUUAUUUUAGUUUGCCAGCUAUAAAUAUUCAACAAUUUUUCCAAUUUCUGGGAAACGCUGUUCUGCCAUACCCAUUUGCUUAUUUGUUGACUGUAUUUCGUGUUUGUUUUUAAUUUAAAGUCAUGCAAGGUGGAAUAUUGUGUCCCUGAACUGGAAUUUGAUUAUGACGUCGUUGUACGGGCGGGCUACGACCUGGAAUUAUUUGGAGACCUCCGGGCUGUCCAAAGCCUGCGGGCCCUGGAGGUGGGCACCACUAGCCAGGGGUCUUCUCACAUGCCUGGAAUCCCGCAGAACAUCCAGGCGUUCAAGAGGAAGAUGCUCAUCAUGUGGAUGUUCAAGGUAUGUGAGGAGCAGAAAUGUGAGGAGGAGGUGUUCCCGCUGGCAGCCCACUACCUGGACUCAUACCUGAGCCACCAUGUUGUGCCAGACUCAACGCUGCAGCUUUUAGGCGUCGUCACCAUGUUGCUAGCUUCCAAAAUGAGAGAGACUUUUCCUCUGACAACCACCAAGCUGUGCAUCUACACAGACUUCUCCGUUACAUUGCCAGAAAUCCUGGAGUUUGAGGUGUCAGUGGUGUCCAGGCUAGGCUGGCGUCUGGCCUCCGUGCUCCCCUCUGAUUUCUUGGAGCCCAUUCUUCAUGCACUGUCCUUUCUCCCGACCCAGCACCUUCCUAACUUGCGCCGACAUGUCCACACCUACGUCGCGUUGGCAGCCAUCGAAUUUAAGUCUUCUGACUUUUUGCCCUCCACCCUUGCUUGUGCCUGUGUGACAAUGGCAACACAGCAGCUCAAAUUGGCAGACUCACCAGAGUCACUGCUCAAGUUUCUAGCCAAUCUCCUGGUCAUUGAUCUGGGCUCCAUCCUCCUCUGCUACAGCAAGCUUCAGAGAGUAGUGGAGCUCAACCUGCUUUCCCCUGUCCAAGCCGCUGUUUGCAGAUCAGAGGUCAGUCAGACACCCGUCAGCCUUUCAUUGACGUCAGUGACGCCUGGUGAAAACCAACUGGAAACUCCUCCCUGCCAACACAGGCAAGUGUGAAUGUAGCAGGCCCGAAAUAUCUUUCUGCUCACACAGCAAAAAAUAUUUGUUGUUUGCAACAGCAAUGUGCUGCAAUGUUUUUCAUUUUCUAAUGACCACCGUGUUGAAGAUUGUUUUGAGGUACUUUCCAAAUCUUAUUGCAGUCAGCUUUCAAAUUUAUUGUUGCACAUUUACUUGUAUCAAACAAGCAGUAAUAUCCGAGUUUCAUUUGUAUUUUGUAUGAAAAGCAUGUUUAAAAUCUUUAAAAAGUGUUCAAUAAAUUUCAUUGUUACUACAAAGAUUAAACAUGAUUGACAGCAUGAAGCAGCACUUUAGAUACUUAAAAAAAUAUUUAUUGAGGCCCUCAUCCCAGUAACAAGAGUGACAAGACAAUAACUUUGGCACAACAAAAGGUAUUGAAAUAAUUAAAAGCACAUGAAGUUGUACCAAAAAUAUCAAUACCUGCUUUCAUGAACACUGCUCCUUCAAUUAUUGAAAUGACAAUGAGCUGAAAUUCUGACAAUUCAACUUUGCAUGUUAUCUACACACAUUUACAUCUGAUUUACAUUCCCGAUAAGCUUCAGUUUGUUCAAGAAAAAAUUGAAACAAAACCGUUGCCAUCAUCAACAUUCCAGUUUU